UUAACUUUGUGCUAGCAAGAUGGCCAUUAAUAUGUUAUUGGUCUUGCUUCACAUUUUUCUGACCUUUGUCUUAACACAGUCAGCACCUCAAGAUUCUCUUGUAACCAACCUUCCAGGCUUUAAUGGUUCUCUAAAUUCCAAGCACUAUGCUGGGUAUGUGACAGUGGACGAAAGUCAUGGUAGAAACUUGUAUUACUAUUUUGUUGAAUCAGAAAGUAAUCCAUCAAAGGACCCUGUUGUUCUAUGGCUUAAUGGUGGACCAGGAUGCUCUAGUUUUGAUGGCUUUGUAUUUGAGCAUGGUCCUUUUAAUUUUGAAAAACCUGCCACAAAGGGAGCAUUGCCAAAGUUGCAACCCAAUCCAUACAGCUGGUCAAAGGUUUCCAACAUUAUAUAUUUAGACUCUCCUGCUGGAGUUGGGUUUUCAUACUCAAAGAAUGUAUCUGAUUAUAAAACUGGAGAUAUUCAGACUGCUUAUGAUUCACACAUUUUUCUUCUCAAAUGGUUUGAAUUAUAUCCUGAGUUUCAAGCCAACCCAUUAUUUCUUUCUGGAGAAUCUUAUGCUGGAGUAUACGUGCCUACUCUUGCUAAUCAAGUAGUGAUAGGAAUUGAAAAUGGAACCAAGCCAACAUUGAAUUUCAAGGGUUAUAUGGUUGGAAAUCCUGUUACGGAUGAUAAGAUUGAUGGCAAUGCUCUUGUUCCAUUUGCACAUGGGAUGAGUCUUAUUUCUGAUGAACUUUUUGAGAACACAACAAAAGCAUGCCAUGGAAACUUCUUUAAUCCAGAAACCGAGAAGUGCGAUAAUUUGUUGCAAAAAGUCGACCAGACAAUUGGCCAUUUAAACGUGUAUGACAUUCUAGAACCAUGUUAUCAUCAUGGAGAGACAGAGGAGAAUAAAAAUUCAAAUUCUAAGUUGCCAUUAAGCUUUAAGGAAUUGGGUAAGACUGAAAAAUCUUUAGCUGUGAGGAAAAGAAUAUUUGGUCGUGCUUGGCCCUACAGAGGUAAUGUGAAAGAUGGAAUUGUACCAAGUUGGCCAGAACUCACGAGCGCCAAUGGCUAUGUUCCUUGCGUUGAUGAUGGGGUUGCUACUGCAUGGCUAAACAAUCCUGAUGUCAGGAAAGCUAUUCACACUGUGGAGGAAAGUGUGGUUGAUGCGUGGUCCUUAUGUACCGACCAAAUUCAAUACAAUCAUGAUACAGGGAGUAUGCUCAAUUUUCACAAAAAACUUACUUCCAAAGGAUAUCGAGUAUUAGCAUUUAGUGGUGAUCAUGACAUGUGUGUCCCACAUACUGGAACCGAAACAUGGACAAGAUUAAUUGGAGUUAAGAUUGUUGAUGAAUGGAGGCCAUGGUUCAGUAAUAAUCAAGUUGCUGGGUAUACUCAAGGAUAUGCCAACAAUCUCACGUAUCUCACAAUAAAGGGAUCUGGACACACUGUUCCAGAAUAUAAGCCACGAGAGUCAUUGCAUUUUUACAAACGUUUUCUAGAUGGAGUGCCAAUAUAAGAAACAAAGACAUCAAAUAAUGAAAUGGAAGUGUUAUAUUGCUUCAGAUAUUUUGUUAUGUAUUCUUCAUGAAGUACUUGAAAUGUGUUUGAAGAAAAAAAGUCAUCUGUAUUCUUUUUUGUACUUCUUAAACAUAACAACUUAUUAAUAAAAUAUUGGGUUAAUUGUA